AUGUUAGUCAUCGUGUGGAUGUUUAUUCACCAGAACUUGCUCAUUGUUUACGACGAGCUAACCAUCACUAUAUUUGCCUACUGUCUAUACAUCAGAUUCCGUCAGCUUAAUGACCAACUGAACAGGACCAAAGAUCAGAGGUUACCAGUCACCUACUGGGUAGAGAUGAGGGAGCUGUACAACAGUCUGGCGUGCCUCACCAAGGUUCUCGACAAUCACCUAUCCUGGAUGACUCUGGUGUGUUUUGGUGCAAACCUGUACCAUAUAUGCUCUCUACUCCUGAGAAUUAUAAGUCCAGACAACAAUAUAUGGUCAAACCUAUCUAUGAUGUACUCGCUGCUUUUCACACUCACUCGGACGUUCCUGGCAGCUCUGAUGGCGUCCUCAGUACACGAGGAGAGCAGGCGACCCUUGGCCAUGCUAUACUCGGUCCCAAGUGAUGCUUACAAUGGAGAGAUUUAUAGAUUUCAAAUGCAGGCAACUCAUGAUGAAAUCGCCAUCACUGGUUGCAAUUUCUUCUCCCUGAAUCGUUCCUUUAUGUUAACGGUCGCAGGUACUAUAGCAACAUAUGAGAUCGUUCUGCUUCAGUUUAAUUCUUUAAAUGAGAAUAUUGGACCUCCUCGCAACAUGACCAAUAUAUGCAACCGAGUGCUGCGAUUGUCGGGCGAAUAGUCAUAGAAUAAUAUGUCCUUAAAUAACUUGUAGGACAUACUAGAAGAUGUCAGUAUCAGUACCAUACAAUUUUGUGUUUGGAUAUCUGAUCUUCAAUAAGAAGUCAAUUUCAUGAGUACUGUAUAGUACAAGAAAUACAA